AAGAGUGAGGUUUCUUUUGAAACUAUAGGGCAAGAUGGAAGAGCGCUAUGGCGGAGCAAUAGUGGAGCUCGGGGCAUUGGAUUUGGGCAACCGCUGCUAGUUUCCUCGAGGCCAAGACCUAGCUUGGCCGUGCCGGGGAGAAGAACGCGCGGCUGGAAGCGAUUGCUCGUCAGGGAGCGAUCCUCCACACAGUGGGAGUUCCUACUCCCGUGUUCCUUCUCGUCGCAAAGCGAGGGCAGCGGCGAUGACGACCAGUACAAGGGCGAGCCGGGCGAUCCAUCGCCAUCGUCGUCGUCUCCAGAGCUCUCCUGGUGGAUGAGACUGCGGAAGGUCGAUUUUCUCCAGCUCCUUCUAAACCGCUCCCACAAAGACAAGGCCUGGGCAGUCCCCUGGACAGGGCACACCAUAUUCCAGGUGAUGUUCUUGUGGUUUGGAGCCUUCUGGCUGGUCGGCUCGUGGUUCAUCCCCAUCGCCGCUCACGCUCUGGGCUACAGCAAAGACUCGCUCACAUACCGCGGCCAAGCGCUCUACAGCCUCGUCACGGACAUCGCCGAAGGCACCGUCGGGCUGGGAAUCCUCCAUCGCUGCCUCGCCGAGUUUCAUCCCCUCUCCAAGGACUGGUUCCCGGUAAGUUGGCAGGGACAGUGGUACGUCGAGGCCUGCCUCGGCUGCCUCAUCUUCCCGCUCGUCAAUUGCCUCUCGCAGCUCAACCUCGAUCUCCUGCCGCUGCCAUCGCCAUUCACGGCCUCGAGCGUGGAGCAGUCCAUCUCCGCCAGGGAUCCCAUCGCCACCCUCCUCUACGCGGUGGUGGUGUCUGUGUGUGCGCCGGUGUGGGAGGAGGUGCUCUUCCGGGGGUUUUUGCUGCCAUCGCUCACGCGCUAUCUGCCUCUGUGGGCGUCCAUCGCCAUCUCCGCGCUCGCCUUCGCACUGGCGCACUUCAGCCCCCAGCGCCUCCUGCCGCUCACUUUCCUGGGUCUUGUGAUGGGGGUGGUGUUUGUGAGGAACAGGAAUCUCCUCUCGUCUAUGCUGCUCCAUAGCCUGUGGAACGUCUUUGUCUUCGUGGAGCUCCUCAGGUGAUAAGCUAGAAAACAACCGCGAAUUUAAUCAAAAGAAAUUUUGCUAAGCCGUAAACAUAACAGAAUCUCAUUAAAAAG